AGUUGCUGCUGGACACAGUUUUCAUAGCCUCCCCUCGGCUCUGCCCCUCACAGUCUGCAGUCUACGGCGAGGCACAGGCCAGCCCAGCUCCACGAGGACUGAACAAGGUGCUGUCUCACUGCCACCAUGCCGGAAGUGUAAGUAGUCUCACCGCCAUCUGGGGCCCCAGGAAGGCAAGUCCUUUUGCCACAGACUUCAGCCCCGCAGUGGAGGCACCAUGUUUUCAACCCCCAAAGCUUUUCCCUAAGAGACCAGGUCCUCAAACAGGGACAGCACUUGAUGGUUUCCCCUGUGCUGCCUGUGUCCUCCCAGCCAUCGAGCAGAACUCACUCCCAGGUUGCCCUGGGAGUGCCUUUUUGGCCUGUGCCUCAGAGAUUUCCUGUCUUGAUCUAUCACAUGAAUUGCAUGUACCAGACCACCACUUAACACUGGCACAGUAGGUGAACAAAGCUUUGGGAAUUUACCCACGCACCCAUGGAUGGAUGCUUUCACGUUGCUGAAACCCUACGCUAAGGCUUCCCUCCCCUUCCACCACUUGUCCCCAACUUACGAUGCCCAGUACCUCCCAAUAAGAAUGCCCCGUAGUUCAAAGGGCUGUUGAAUUUUUAUUUUAUUCUGCCGGAACCUCAAACCGCUCUCCUUGCCUGAUGCCUGAUGACUUUCUGGCUCACUGUUGUCACCGGCCCCCUCCUCCCACAAGCUGGUCUGUGAGGUUCUGCGGCUGCACAUGUAAUCCUCAUUGUUCAUACUCACUCUGUGUUCUGCUCUUUCCCCGUCCUUCCUGUGAUGGAUGCCUGAAGCGAGAGAAAACCCAAGAUCACUGCCUCCCGCAAACUCUUGCUGAAGAGCCUGAUGCUGGCCAAGGCCAAGGAAUGCUGGGAGCAGGAGCACGAGGAGCGUGAGGCUGAGAAGGUGCGCUACCUGGCAGAGCGCAUCCCCACGCUGCAGACCCGUGGCCUGUCCCUCAGCGCCCUGCAGGACCUGUGCCGGGAGCUGCACGCCAAGGUGGAGGUGGUGGAUGAGGAGCGAUAUGACAUUGAGGCCAAAUGCCUCCACAACACCAGGGAGAUUAAGGACCUGAAGCUGAAGGUGAUGGACCUCCGUGGGAAGUUCAAGCGCCCGCCCCUGCGUCGGGUCCGUGUCUCGGCUGACGCCAUGCUCCGGGCCCUGCUGGGCUCCAAGCACAAGGUGUCCAUGGAUCUGCGGGCCAACCUCAAGUCUGUGAAGAAGGAAGACACAGAGAAGGAGCGGCCUGUGGAGGUGGGUGACUGGAGGAAGAACGUGGAGGCCAUGUCUGGCAUGGAAGGCCGGAAGAAGAUGUUUGAUGCCGCCAAGUCUCCGACCUCACAAUAGAGGCCAGCUUGCUGUGCUGCGCUCUGAGCUCCUGCUUCAUGCUUCUUCUCCAACCCAGCUCACUCACCUCUCUGCCUGUGUCUGGAGCAUCCCUUCCCACCUCUCCCCCACUUCUUCCCUCCAGCCUGCAUGCCCUCCUCUGGAACUGGGAUUAAACAGAUACCCAAGAGGCAGGAAAAACGCGAGUGUCUGAAGACCUCACCCUGGCAGGGUGGGCUUCUAUCCACCCACGAGGCAUCUGGGGCUUCUCAGCCACCCCAUGGUGUAACAAGUGGAGGAGGAGGAGGGGGUGAGAACACCUUUCCUCCAGCCCUGUGCCACACUCCUUCUAUGUGUGUACAGUGUCCACAGGCGUCACAGCUUCUUCAUUAAAAACCCAGUUUCCUGGUCA